UGGUCUGCUUAUAUCAGACAAUUACAGUACACAGAAACAUAUGUAGCGUAAACUCCGAUAAUGCCCCUCCGAUAGGGUCGGUUACGAAGAUGUCCGUCGACGGGGAGGCGGCGCCACCCCCGCCGCUCAUCCACCGCGACUGGUUCUUCCCGUCCGCCGCCCCCUUUCUCCACACCGCCGCCUCCUCCUCAUCCUCCUCGUCCAAACCCGUAAACCCUAGGCGGCCCCCGCUAUUUCCGUCCACCCGAAGGAACCCCAAACCCUAUCUCGGUCGAUCCAGGCCGUCGAUGACCACGAGAAGUUUCCCCUCGUCGUCUGGUUCUUCGUCCGCCCCUUCGUCGUCGUCGCCGUCGCCGCUGCAAUCCUUUGUCGCACGCGGGGACUCCAGGUACGCCGGGAUCCGCCGGAAGGUCUGCUUCGAUGCGCCGAGGGCCAAAGACGCGGCGAGAAUGGAGGGGCGGAAAGCCGCUCCGGGUCUCAGAACGGCGGCGAUUACUGAUAGCGGCGCGGGUUCUCCCGGUGGUCGGAUCAAGAGCCGCUGGUCCUUGUCGGUUUUCGUCGCGGUUGUUAUCACAAUCUUAUGCUCCCUUAUUCGCAAGAACUUUUUACUAUACAAUGAAGUUUUACUUUUACAGGAUCAGCUGUUUAUUCUUGAUUCUAGAGUUCGAGCAUGUGGUGUGUCUGCUCCAUUGGUUCUAGCAAAUAUUAUAUCAGAAGAGAGUGAUAAGAUACUAAGUAGAAGCCAUAAAAGUUCUGCACUAUUUGCUUCAGUUGCAAUACUCUCCAUUCCAUUUAUUGCUUUCAAGUACAUUGAUUAUGUGUCAAAAUUAAGAAGAUCAACGGAUUCUGAAGCAGUUUCUCUCAGCAAGCAGUUAGCAUACCGUGUUGAUGUAUUUUUAUCAGUCUAUCCCUACGCUAAGCCAUUGGUUCUACUUCUUGCAACUUUGCUGUUGAUAGGCCUUGGUGGAUUGUCACUUUAUGGAGUGACAGAUGAUACCUUGGCAGAUUGUCUGUGGUUGUCGUGGACUUACAUAGCUGAUUCAGGGAAUCAUGCCAAUUCAGUUGGCUUUGGUCCCAAGUUAGUUUCACUUUCUAUAAGUUUUGGUGGAAUGCUUAUAUUUGCCAUGAUGCUUGGGCUCGUCUCUGAUGCUAUCUCAGAGAAGUUUGACUCAUUGAGAAAAGGCCGAAGUGAAGUGAUAGAGGAAAAUCAUACGCUGGUACUUGGUUGGAGUGACAAGUUGGGUUCCCUAUUGAAUCAACUGGCUAUAGCCAACAAGAGUUUGGGUGGUGGCACCGUGGUAGUGAUGGCUGAGAGGGACAAAGAGGAAAUGGAACUAGAUAUUGCAAAAAUGGAAUUUGACUUUAAGGGAACAUCAGUCAUUUGCAGAAGUGGGAGUCCUUUGAUUCUUGCUGACUUGAAAAAGGUUUCUGUUUCUAAGGCCCGUGCGGUUGUAGUCCUAGCUGAAGAUGGGAAUGCUGAUCAGAGUGAUGCACGAGCAUUACGGACGGUAUUAAGCUUAACUGGAGUCAAAGAAGGGUUAAGAGGUCAUAUAGUGGUUGAACUCAGUGAUCUAGAUAAUGAAGUCCUUGUUAAACUUGUUGGUGGUGACCUUGUUGAAACUGUUGUUGCUCAUGAUGUAAUUGGCCGCUUAAUGAUUCAAUGUGCUCGCCAGCCUGGUCUUGCACAGAUCUGGGAAGAUAUCCUUGGGUUUGAAAAUUGUGAGUUUUACAUCAAAAGAUGGCCUCAGUUGGAUGGGAUGCAAUUUGAAGAUGUACUUAUCAGUUUUCCUGAUGCUAUACCCUGUGGAAUAAAAAUGGCAUCUUGUGGUGGAAAAAUCAUAUUGAACCCCGAUGAUUCAUACAUUCUGCAGGAGGGUGAUGAAGUCCUUGUAAUUGCAGAGGAUGAUGACACCUAUACCCCAGCAGAACUACCUAUGGUUCGGAGAGGAUAUCUACCCAAAGACUUCAUUGUGCCAAAGUCUCCAGAAAGAAUACUGUUUUGUGGUUGGCGGCGAGAUAUAGAAGACAUGAUUAUGGUGUUGGAUGCUUUUCUAGCACUCGGAUCAGAGUUGUGGAUGUUCAAUGAUGUUCCUGAGAACGAGAGGGAGAAAAAGCUUAUAGAUGGUGGUCUGGAUUUCAAUCGAUUGGAGAAUAUAUCUCUGGUCAACCGUGAAGGAAACGCUGUCAUUCGACGUCACUUAGAGAGCCUUCCGCUGGAAUCAUUUGAUUCUAUCUUGAUUUUGGCUGAUGAAUCAGUAGAAGACUCAGCAAUACAAGCUGAUUCAAGAUCUCUUGCAACAUUACUUUUAAUCAGAGAUAUUCAGGCAAAGCGGCUUCCUUAUAAAGAAGCCAUAGCCUCUCAUGUUUCAAGAGGAAGCUUCUCUCAUGGUACUUGGAUUGGUGAUAUGCAGCAAGCAUCGAAUAAAUCUGUCAUUAUUAGUGAAAUCCUUGAUCCUAGGACCAAGAAUCUACUGUCCGUGUCGAAGAUAAGUGAUUAUGUUUUGUCAAAUGAACUGGUGAGCAUGGCACUGGCAAUGGUCGCAGAAGACCGCCAAAUAAAUGAUGUGCUGGAAGAACUUUUUGCUGAAGAGGGUAAUGAAAUGCAAAUUCGUUCUGCUGAUCUUUAUGUUCGUGAAGAGGAAGAAAUGAAUUUCUUUGAAAUAAUUCUACGGGCCCGACAGAGGAAAGAGAUUGUCAUUGGUUAUCGCCUUGCAAAUUCAGAACGAGCAAUCAUUAAUCCACCAGAUAAAAAUGUGCGACAUAAGUGGUCAGCUGAAGAUGUUUUUGUUGUUAUCGCUGAGAAGGAAUGAGAUUGUUUGGCGCGCAAUGCAUCAAAAUGACUUUCACCAUGGAGAAAAUAAGUUGUCAUCCCUAACUAAGACGGUGAAAGCAGAAUCAAUGAACCAAGGUGGCAUGACAUUAUGACAAAUGAAUGUCUAAAGAAGCUUUAAGAGUCAGCUAGCUGAUAAAUUAGGAAAUCCUGGCAAUACAAAUUCUGCAGUUUCAACACAGAUCUUUUUUGUAGUAAAAAAAGGUCAUAAUGGAUGCUUUAAUUUUGUAAAUUGAUUCUGCAUUUGCAAAUAUUCUUUAAUUUCACAUAUUUAUCAGAAAAAUUAUAUGUAUAUACUAAAAUAAGAAAGAAAAGGUGGUUGAGAACAUUUACAGGCUAACUUUUAUAAAUUCAAUAGACAAUAGUGCAGCGCAA